GUGCACGACCCGCAUUCCCAGGACAUGUGCGAUUAAAUAAUUAAUUAUAUUUUCAAAAUGGCAUUUCCGUAAUUUCCUCCCCCUUUAGUGGCAAUUCUUCUCCACCUUAAAUAUAUACACUGCUAACUGCUUCACCUCCUUUAAUGACUUUUAUUUAGCUGCCGGUCGGUCCAGGUGUCUUCGUCGUCGUCGACUUGCUAUUUUAUUCGGUUAGGAACCCCGCCGGCCGGUCUCGUCGGAGAAGAGGAACGGACGGCGCCGCGAGAUGACGUCGGGGACAAGGCUGCCGACGUGGAAGGAGAGGGAGAACAACAAGCGGAGGGAGCGGCGGAGGAGGGCGAUCGCCGCUAAGAUCUUCGCCGGACUCCGAAUGUACGGCAACUACAAGCUCCCCAAGCACUGCGACAACAACGAGGUGCUCAAAGCGCUGUGUAAGGAAGCUGGAUGGAUCGUCGAAGAAGACGGAACUACUUACAGAAAGGGAUGCAAGCCUACAGAACGCAUGGAUAUUAUGGGCAGUUCAGUAUCAGUGAGCCCUUGCUCAUCAUACCAGCCUAGUCAAGGUCCAUCCUAUAAUCCAAGCCCUGCAUCAUCCUCCUUUCCUAGCCCAGUUUCAUCCCGCUACAUUACCAAUAACAACAAUGACACUGAUCCCAACUCUCUUAUUCCCUGGCUUAAAAAUCUUUCUUCCGGUUCAUCACCUUCUUCAUCCAAGUUACCCCAUCAUCUGUACAUCCCUGGGGGUUCUAUUAGUGCUCCAGUCACUCCACCUUUGAGCUCACCUACCGCCCGCACACCAAGAAUGAAUGAUAAUUGGGAUGACCCCAAGGUCAAUUCAGCAUGGCCAAAUCAACAUUAUGCUUUCCUCCCAUCUUCUACCCCACAAAGCCCUGGCUGUCUAACCCCACCUGAUUCCGGGUGGCUUUCCGGUGUACAAACCCCACAAGAUGGACCUUCAUCCCCAACAUUUAGCCUUGUCUCACCAAACCCAUUUGGCUUUAAGGAGCCACUAUCAAAUGGUGGAUCACGAAUGUGGACCCCAGGGCAGAGUGGAACAUGCUCGCCCGCAGUUGCAGCAGCUCUUGACCGUUCAGCUGAUGUACCCAUGUCAGAUGCAAUUCAAGCUGAGUUUGCGUUUGGCAGCAACGCUAUGGGUAUAGUUAAGCCAUGGGAAGGAGAACGAAUUCAUGAAGAAUGUAUCACUGAUGAUCUCGAGCUAACUCUUGGGAACUCCAACACUCGGUAAGUUAUAGUGCAAGACUGCAAGCUAUUUGUGGCUCACUAGAGCAUUUCCACUUAUCAUUCGAACAAAAUGCAGCAUUAUUCUAUUGUGAUAAUUAAUUUUUAAAAUCUGGUUUGUUGCAGAUAAGGUGUUGAAGGCAGAGUAAAAAUACAGAGUAGGAGCAUUUCUUUGUUUGUUAAUUUUUUUUUUGUCUUUUUUCUUCUUCUUUUCCAAAAGAAAACCGUAGAUUGAACUAUGAAUUGCUCAUUUGAUGGCUUUAUCCUAAACUCCUGUUUGUUGGGAGUAUCCAUUUUCUUCUUGUAAUUUUUUUUCUUCAAAUUCUUUUUUCUUCUUCCUUUCCCUUGAAGGUGAGGAAGUGACUUUUAUGUAGUUCCCCGUUUUGUAAGUAUUUGAUGAAAUUGCUGAUUUGGGAUAUCA